CUCAAGAUAUUAACACCUGCAGUCAGUUGUGAAUUCUACUACCCAAUCCUAUGAAAAUUAACAAUGUCAACCCAAUGAUAUGAUGACUUUGUCUAUGGGAUGGGACCGCCUCUUCUUUGCCUAACCAAAUAUACUAUUAUUAUUAUUAUUCAUCGUGCUAUUCAUUUUUAAUGAAGAACACUACUCCUCUGUCCUUUUCAACCUUCCUUUCAAAUGACAUUCACCUCCAUUCUCUUCCUUAUCAUCCUCCACUUUGCUCCUCUUGUUCACAGUCUUGGCUCUUCCUCUACCAUUGCUGCCACCUUUGCCACUGCUACUGUCUGUGGCAUUGUCGCCGGCGAACCUACUCAGAGAAUUCAAUGCUACCGGAAUGGCCACUUAAUUUCAGUCCAGCCCAACGUUUCUUUCGAAGCUAUCUCUGCAGGCUUCACCUUCUUCUGCGCCCUUCGCUCUGGAGGCUUCAGCGUUUUCUGCUGGGAGACACUAUCCGCAUCCAACUCCUCAAGCUUCCACCCCAGGCGCAUCUACAACAGCAACACCGUCCGCUUAACUGAUCUGGCUGUGGGAGAUGAUCAAGUUUGCGCACGAGAGGUCAACUCCGGUGAAGCCAAGUGCUGGCGAGGCAAAGACAGAGGUGGCUCUCUUUUUCCAUUGCCUGGUGCGGCGUUUAAGUUCACUACGCUCACAUCCGGCAGUGGGUUUACGUGUGGAAUUCUGAGAAAUAGUAACAAAGUUUAUUGCUGGGGUAUUAAUGAUGUGGGCGAUGAGAUUUGGAGACAGUUUGGUAACUUUACGAUGUUAAAUAUAGUUGCUGGAAAAUCCCAUGCCUGUGGGUUGACCAGCAAUGGAAGUCUGGUAUGUAAAGGGAGAAAUGAGGGGGGAGAAUUGGACGUUCCUUUUAAUUCAGCUUUUGAAUUUUCAGGGCUUGCUCUAGCAUCCGAUUUCAGCUGUGCCAUUGGCCAAUCAAAUGGAUUGGUAAAAUGCUGGGGAAGAGGUGCAGACAAAUUUCUACUCAACGGCAACGUAUCAGGAGAAGUUCCGUUCGAGCUAAUAGUGGCUGGUAUGGAUUUCAUGUGUGGGCUCAGCACAAGAAAUUUGUCCAUGAUUUGUUGGGGACAGGGAUGGUCUCAGUCUCAUCAUGCAUUUAAUCUUCCAUUAGGAAUGAUGAUCCCAGGUCCAUGUGUUCAAUCUUCAUGCACCGCCUGUGGUCUCUAUCCUAACUCUGAGCUUCUGUGCUAUGGCUCUGGGAAUAUCUGCAAAUCAUGCCGGAUUGAGCUUCCAUUUGCUCUGCCGUUGCCCCCAACAAUGCCACCGCCAUCUCAGCCACUUCCUUCAUCAUUGCCCCAAAAUAAGUACUCUUUGGCUUUUCUAGUUUUUGGAUCGGUUGGUAGCUUUGCAGGCUUCUGCACCAUUAUUUAUUGCUUAUACAAUUUACUGAAAAUGAGAAGUAGAAAUCAGAAUCUUGUGCAGCCCUCUGCUACUAAUGCCCAUGAGACUGCAACUUCUGUGACUACAUAUGGCUCUACACCUGCUACACCGUCUCUGAAAUCCUUUUCCGCUAGGCGUUAUGGCUCGCGGAGAUUGGGGAGCAGUUCAGGGACAUUGGGGCGCCAGAGAAGUGAAUCAUCCUCUAAGCAUUUGGAGAAAACCCAGGACUUUUUACUAGCAGAGCUGGUUGUAGCUACAAACAAUUUUUCAGCACAAAGCAAGAUUGGUGCCGGAAGCUUUGGCAGUGUUUACAAAGGCGUACUUGCAGAUGGUCGGCUAGUGGCUAUUAAAAGAGGAGAAAAAGUUAAGAAGAUGAAGAAAUUUCAGGAGAAGGAAAGCGCAUUUGAAUCAGAGCUAGCAUUGUUGUCGCGGCUUCACCAUAAGCACUUGGUAAAUCUAAUAGGUUUCUGCGAAGAGAUGGAUGAGAGGCUUUUGGUUUAUGAGUUCAUGAGCAAUGGGUCGCUCCAUGAUCACUUGCACAGAAACAAGAGCAGCAUUUUAAAUUCCUGGAGAAUGAGGAUCAAAAUUGCACUAGAUGCUGCAAGAGGAAUUGAGUAUCUCCACAACUAUGCAGUGCCACCUAUUAUUCACAGAGAUAUCAAGUCGUCCAACAUACUGUUAGAUGUAAAUUUGACUGCUAAAGUAUCCGAUUUUGGGUUGUCACUAAAGGGGCCAGAGACGGAUCGAGAAUUCAUGUCGGCCAAGGCAGCCGGAACUGUAGGAUACAUCGAUCCCGAGUACUAUGUAAUGAACGUACUGACAGCAAAAAGUGAUGUUUAUGGGCUAGGAGUAGUGAUGUUAGAGCUUUUGACGGGUAAGAAGGCUGUUUUCAAGAAGGAAGAAGAAGGCAGCGGUCCAAUAGAAGUAGUGGAGUAUGCGGCGCCGCUGAUAGCUGCAGGGAAGAUGCAGAGAGUGUUGGAUAAAAGAGUGAGUCCGGCAGCGAUUCAAGAAGUGGAGGCGGUAGAGAUAAUGGCCUACACUGCAGUGCAUUGUGUAAAUUUGGAGGGAAAAGAAAGGCCUAAUAUUAUGGAGAUUGUGGCUAAUUUGGAAAGAGCAAUAGGUUUGUGCGACGGGUCCCCUGGUAGAGUCUCCUCUAGUACAUACUCCACCAUUCCUUCAGAUUGAAGUUUCUUUGUUUUGUUUUUCUGCUCAAUAUUCUUUUGGUAGCCACCAUUAAUACGAUGGCCCCUAUGUUAUUUUUUUGGUAUUAAUUCAUUAUUUGUUUAAAUUUUA